UUUCGCCCCUCUUUUGCAACGCUUCUCAUCGCACUCUGCCAUGGAUACCUCCACGUAUCCAGCUUCGUCCUCACGGAGACCCGAUGUCAAGAAGAAGCUGGUUGUCGUCGGCGACGGCGGCUGUGGCAAGACUUGUUUGCUCAUCGUAUACGCGGAGAACCGAUUUCCCGAGGCUUAUGUCCCGACAGUUUUCGAGAACUAUGUGACGCAAGUUAAUUACGAAGGCAAACUUGUUGAACUUGCUUUAUGGGAUACCGCUGGUCAGGAGGAAUACGAUCGAUUACGCCCCCUCAGCUAUCCCGAAUCCGAUGUCAUCCUCAUAGUCUUUUCUAUUGACUUCCCCGUCAGCCUAGCGAAUGUGCAAGACAAAUGGUACCCAGAAGUAGCACACUUCUGCGAAGGUACACCAUUGAUCCUUGUCGGCACCAAGACUGAUUUGCGGCGCGAUGAGCAGACAAAACGGAUGCUAAGUGCACAGGGCCAAACACCAAUAACAGCAGAGCAAGGUGCCACGGUCGCUCAUGACAUCGGAGCCAAGUAUAUCGAAUGCUCCGCCAAGCAAGGAACAGGUGUGCAGGACGUAUUUGCGCUUGCCCUGAAGGAGAGCAUGCGAGGUCGAUGGGGGAAAAUGGUGAAACGCAGAGGAUGUGUCAUUACUUGACGAACGCGGAGUGCCUAGGUGGUAUCUUUCGAACUCUUCUCUCUGUAUAUCAUGUAUAAUCUAUCUUCGCAUGGUAGACAAUUGCUUUCUAGGACUGUAUUCACAGCGUCUC